ACUUAUUCAAUUCCUCGCGUCUGUUUCUUCUCUCUAAUCUCUAAUUUUUUUUUUGGUCAAUCUUCUCUCUAACUAACAAAACACAACAAUAAAACCCAACAUUUUCAUACACAGAUACUCAUUACCCGACACCAAGAGGUAAAGAGAAAAGACAUACUUUACAGGUAACUUUGUUUUGUCUUUUUGGCGACAAGUGUGUCUAUUCUUAAUCAUUCCUCUCUGUUUCUCCUUUGCUUUUUACACAUUCUCUGAGCUGUUUUUUUUUAAAAAAUAUCUGUUUCUUGUUUUUCUACCCGAAAUAUCCUAAAUUGAUUCGUUCUGUCUGUCUCUUUGCAACUCUGUCCAUGGAUUCAGAUUAUCAUCGCCGUGGUCUGGCGGCGAACGAUACUUCACCAGGCAACUUUGUUCGGCUUGAUAAACCGAGAGCUGUAGACGAUCUUUACAUAGGCAAGAGAGGGAAGAUGCGUAGGUGGUUGUGCUGCGUUUGCCACGUCGAAGAGCCUUACCAUUCUCCUGAAAAUGAACACCUGAGUAGUCCUAAGCACUAUAAUGAUAAGAAACCACAGGCUGCUGUGAAGCCUGAUGUGUUAAAGGAGCCUCCAGCUAUUGAUGUCCCUGCGUUGUCAUUGGAUGAGUUGAAAGAGAAGACUGAUAACUUUGGAUCAAAGGUGUUGAUCGGUGAAGGAUCAUACGGAAGAGCUUACUACGCAACUUUGGAAGAUGGGAAAGCCGUGGCGGUCAAGAAGCUUGAUAACGCAGCUGAGCCUGAAUCGAACUUCGAGUUCUUGACUCAGGUCUCGAGGGUCUCGAAGCUGCGGAAUGAGAAUUUCGUUCAGCUGUUUGGUUACUGUGUUGAAGGGAACCUUCGUGUUCUUGCUUAUGAGUUUGCUACGAUGGGAUCUUUACAUGAUGUUCUACACGGGAGGAAAGGUGUGCAAGGAGCGCAGCCAGGUCCAGCUCUUGAUUGGAUCCAACGUGUUAGAAUAGCAGUUGAUGCGGCUAAGGGACUUGAGUAUUUACAUGAGAAGGUUCAGCCUGCGGUGAUACAUAGAGAUGUUCGGUCUAGCAAUGUGCUUCUCUUUGAAGAGUUUAAAGCCAAGAUUGCUGAUUUUAAUUUGUCGAAUCAGUCUCCUGAUAUGGCUGCUCGUCUUCAUUCUACUAGAGUUUUGGGAACGUUUGGUUACCAUGCACCAGAGUAUGCGAUGACUGGUCAACUGACGCAGAAGAGUGAUGUUUAUAGUUUUGGUGUGGUGCUUUUGGAGCUCUUGACUGGUAGAAAGCCUGUUGAUCAUACGAUGCCUCGUGGCCAACAAAGUCUUGUCACUUGGGCCACUCCAAGGCUGAGUGAAGACAAAGUGAAGCAAUGUGUUGAUCCGAAACUCAAAGGAGAGUAUCCUCCUAAAGCAGUUGCAAAGCUUGCGGCUGUUGCAGCCUUGUGUGUGCAAUACGAAUCAGAGUUUAGGCCGAACAUGAGCAUUGUGGUUAAAGCUCUACAACCUUUGUUGAGGUCAUCAACACCAGCAGCUACUCCACCCCAGGAAACUUAAUCCUUCUAUGUAAUAGUGGGAGAUUGGUUUUGUUUUUAUGUGUUGCCAUAUCAUGCAAAUAUAUUCAUACCAAACAAAUAUAUGUGUUGCUGCCUCUUUACAAUUGUGUGGUGGAGUCAUUUGAUUCUUAUAAUUCUAUUUAUUUGUGAUUAUUUUUUGA